AUGUCUCGCCAUCCGACGCUGACGUGGCGGCUCCGAACGGAGCAGCGUCGCGGCCAGCAGGAAGGCGGACGUUCUGAGCUGGACCGGGCGCUGAUCCCUUGCUGCGGGGAUAGACUGCGUGCCACGUGUCAGGGGGCGAGAGGGGGAGGGGAAACGGAGGCAGAAACGGCAGGGGAGGAAAACGGGCGACGCGGAGGGGAGGAGCGAGAGAUUGGGAAUGGAUGGAAGGCUGGGAAUGAGUCACUGGAGAGAGAAAGAGUGGGGAUUGGGAGAGGAGAUGCGGACUUGGGUGAUCAGGAAAGCGAGAGGUCAGGGAGGCGAGGGGACCAGUGGGAGAGGAGAUGGAUGAGAGCACAUGGCGAAAGGGAGGAGGUGGCCAGCACCAGCGGUGCUCCGGUGGCGUGUGGAGAGAGGGGCAAGGGAUCAUGGGACGGCGGUACUGAGCGCGUAGCGGGUGAUGCGGCUCAGCCGGGAUGCACAGAGGACGGCAUGUGCGCGUGCGGCCACGUGCGGCUGCUCAUGUUCCCGGGGGAGGGCGCGCUGCCAGUUGGCGACUGGUGGAGGUGGUAUCUGGCCGGGCGGCAACUGGACGCGCAGCAUCCGGGGGAGCAAGGGGUACAGCAGCACAGGGUGGGGGAACUUGGAGUGGAGAAGCAUGGGAUGGAGCAGCGAGGGGAGGAGCACCAUGGGGUGGAGAGAGAGUGCGGGGAGAGGCGACGGGAAUGUGGGUAUGAGAAUGGUUGUGGAAAGUGGGGCGAAGAGUGUUGGGAGAAGGAGAAGGAGCGUGGAAAGUGGGGCGGGGAGUGUGGGGAGGAGGAGAAGGGGCGUGGGGAGUGGGGCGGGGAGUGUGGGGAGGGGUAUGCUGUGACCCUGGUGGUGAUCGAUGGUACGUGGGAGCAUGCCAAAGAGAUGAUGAAGGCCAGUGGAAGCUUCCUCAGGCGCCACUGUGCGAUGGUGUGUCUACCCUUUGACCACGCAUCCCCUGGCCCGCCGCCCGGCCACCUGGGUCUUGUGGUGCGCAAGGAGCCACACAAAGGGGCCGUGAGCACAGUGGAAGCAGUAGCACGGGCCUUGGAUGCGCUUGAAAAGGAUGUGCCUGAGUGGGAUGGGGAUGGAGAGAGGGUGGAGAGGAAAAGCAAGGAUAUGAUAGUGCAUAUGGAACCCAGCCAGCCAAGGUCAGGUCAGGCGCCUCAAAAGUUGACCAUGACUCACUGCUCCCUCUCUCCCUUCGCUCUACGCGCCCUCUCCGUGCCUUCCUUUGUCUCGCCACCUUCACACCUGUUUGUCUUCCCCUUCUGCUGCCCCCACGCCAGUCAGACGUACAUCAACGGCCGGCCAGUGGCGCUCGUGUGUUCCCCCACUCCCCCCUCUCCCCUGUUCCCCCAAACCCAAUCGUUGCCCAACCUCCCCAGUUCCCCCAAACAUCUCCCCCGCACCUUUCCCUCACCCUCUCAAAACACCUCCCCCCCUCCCCACCCCUUCUUUCUCCCCCGCUCGGCCGCCCGCAAUCAGAUCUCGGGGUCGCUCUACUUCUGGGCGGCAGCUCUCGCCGGCCCAAAGCACGGCCCCUUUGCCGCCUGGAUCACCUGUUUCUUCCCCCAUUCAUCCCUCUUGCCCCCUUUGCCGCCUGGAUCACCUGUCCUUUCAACCUCCUCCCUCGCUUCACUUGCCUGGAUCACCGUGAGUGCCCUCCCUACGUUCUUCCCUUUCCCUCCCCUCGCCUGCCUGGAGCACCGUGAUUUCCCUCUCUCUCUUAGUGCCCUUCACCCCCUCCCCCCCUCUGCCUGGAUCACCGUGAGUGCCUGUUCCCCCUUAGUGCCAUUCAUUCAUUCCCUCCUCACCCCUGCUGCGUGCCUGGAUCACCGUGAGUUCCCUCUCCCUCCUCCCUCGCUUUACUUGCCUGGUGCCCAUGUGCUUAUUCCUAUGCCCAAGUGCCUUGCCAAGUGCUUACCCUCGCGCUUAUACUUAUACCCUCUUGUCUCUUUCCCAGGUCUGGGCUGGUUGGAGUUCUUUGGCAUAUCUGUGGGGCUGGGCGGCGUGGCCUUCGGGGGGGUGCAGCUGCUACAGUACACCAUCUAUGCUGCUACAGGGGGUGCUAAUAACGGGGGCUACUUCCUCAGCAGCUACGAGUGCUUUGGGAUCACGGCGGGCGUGCUUAUAAUGGGGGGACUGCUCACCUCGCUGCCGAUUCAAGUGAUUGGAAGAAUCAACGUCUUCACUGCAGUCUGGCAGAUGGUGUCAACGCUCGUGAUCACCGUGCUGCUGCCGUGUGUGUCUAUAGUGCUCACACUCGUGAUCAUCGUGCUGCUGCCAUGUGUGUCUGUCACCACCCAGCCUGCUUCCUUUGUCUUCACGCACUACCAUGUGCAGCUCGACCAGAGCCACCUGCCCAAUGCGGCGUACGCCUUUGUGGUGGCUCUUCAACUCCCCCUCUACGGCCAGUACAGCUACGACACUGUAGCACACAUGGCAGAAGAGACAAAGCACGCCGACCGCACGAUCCCACUAGCCAUGGUCUCAUCCCUCUCAUGUGUGUGCGUGCUGGGGUGGGGGCUGCUCGUAUCCCUCACCUUCUGCAUCGAGAAUAACGAUCGGCUGUUGGGCACGGACAACGAGACGCGGGGCGAGUACCCAGUGGUGCAGAUCAUAUGGGACGUGUUCUUCCACCGUGCGAGAGAGAGGGGGAGGGUGCUCAUAUGGGAUGUGUUCUUGCACCGCUGUGGCAGCGGCACGGGAGCAGUCAUCAUCCUCUGCUGCAUGCCCCUCUCUUUGCAUUCACCACAUGACCAAUCUUCCAUCUCCUCACCCCCCCACUUCCCACCCGCCCACCUUCCGCUACCAGCUACGGCAGCGGCACCCGACUACGGCAGCGGCACGGGAGCAGUUAUCAUCCUCUGCUGCAUGUCGCUCGCUUUCUUCCUUGGCGUUGUGGGUGGCCUCAUGGGGGCAUCCCGAGCGGCCUUCUCCCUCUCGCGCGACUCUGGUCUCCCCUUCGCCUCCCUGUGGCGUCGGGUCAAUCGCGACCGCACGCCCAUCUACGCUGUGUGGCUGUGCUGCGGCAUCUCCAUCCUCUUCGCCCUGCCUCUCCUAGACGACUCCAGCACCUUCCAUUUCAUCACCUCCCUUGCCACCGUCGCGUGGGUCGGCAGCUACGCCGUGCCAAUCUUUUUUCGGCUUAUCCAAAAAGACGAGGAUUUCGAGCCUGGAGCGUUCAACCUGGCUGACUAUGUCGGUCACACGGGAAGGCGACUCAUCAACCUUGCAGCGCUCCUCUUUGUCAUCUACACCAUCGCAACCUUCCUCGUCCCCGUCGACUUCCCCAUCACUCCAUCAAACUUCAACUAUGCAUGUGUGGGAAUCAUCUGCCUCGUGAUUUUCUUCUGCUCCUGGUGGUUGUUGGACGCCAGGCAUUGGUUUGUAGGCCCGUACCAAAAACAGCAGAGCUCCACGCAAAGAAUGUCUAAGUACACUGCUGGACGCUUGUUCAUGUAA